CCGUGCUAUCUUCGAAUGAUAUGAAGCAAUUCCAGAACAGACUGACACUAGCUGUCUCGGAUGCAUUGCAAUCGGAGAAAUGGAGAAUUACUGGCCGUGGGUUUGAUUCGCAGUGCCCAAAACACCAUGUUUGGCCAGUCGGAGGUCCCUCCGAGGGUCGAUGGAUUAUACCGCGCGCGUCCUGGCUAGCCAGAGAAGAUCUAACGCAUUCUAGAGGUUCUACAGGGUAGAUCCGUCUCGGGCAAAUCCACUGGCAAUCCACUGGCAAUCCAUGCUGAUCCUACGCUGUCUCUAGCUAUAGUUGGCUGGAUAUAAUGCUGAUAAAAACAGGAAACCCCCUAUUUUGACACCUAGCUGUUAGUCUCAACUAGCAGGCCAAGUCUCAAUAUGUCGAGAUACCCAAAGGACAGCAACGCGCCCGCUGUGAUUGUCUUGACGCGGUUCCUGCUGGUUACUCUGAUCCUAGGGUGUCUCGCCCGGCUGGGGACCAAAUGGUGGAAGUUUGGCACUUUCUUUCGAGAUGACUACUACGCCAUGCUGGCCAUGGUUGCGUCCAUCGCCCAGGCCGUGGCCGUCUCCAUCGCCGUGAAUCUGGGAUACGGAAGCCCUAUCUCGCAGCUCAGCGACAGCCAAGUUGCUGGCAUUUUCAAAGCUCAAUAUGCAUCGACCCUCUUCUACGUCUUCGGCAUCGGCCUCUCCCAGCUCUCGUUCCUCUGCUUCGUGCAAUACCUCGCCUCCCGCAAGAACUACAGCUUCAUGGCGCAGCAAAUUGCCAUCGCCGUCGUGGCUGUAGUCGGCGUCUUUGGUUCGGCUUUUCAGUGCCGUCCACGACAAUGGGAUUAUAUCCAUGAUAGAUGCUACAACCGAGAAGCAUGGUUCAUCUACCUAUCUGCAUCGAUGAUCCUGGCCGAAAUCGCCAUCAUCGCACACGCCGUCGUCGUGCUGGUCAACGUGCAGACAUCGUGUAAGCGGCGACUGAACUUGACGUCCGUUUUCCUCUUCCGGGUGGUGGUGCCAGGUGCAUUAAUAGCCCAGAUCAUUCUUAUACAUAAUAACAUCAACACACCCGAUCCAACAUCACAUACAUGGUCCAUCGCCGUCUGCACCCAGCUAGCCCUAUGUCUAAGCAACGUCACAGCCAGCACACCGCAGUUCGUGCCCAUCCUGCGAAGCCUGCAGUCAACGGGGAUGCGACUGGAUGGGAUAACUCGGUAUACACAUACAAGUAGCGCGCAGGGUUCCCGCUCUCGAUACCUUUUCUCUGCAAGGACGGGGGGUGAUUCUGUGCAUGAGCUGGAUAAUAUCCCGUUGGCGACUACCAAGACGACGGUAACCGGUGGGCAUCCGAGUAAUUAUGAGGAGCGGGAGAAUGAAGAGGAUGAUGGGAGCCAGUCGAGUCAGGCGGGGAUUAUUCGGGCGACGAGGACGUUUGAUAUCACGGAGGAGCAUGUGAGAUGACUUUCUACUUCGUACUAUAGCUUUAAUUAUUUUGUCAUUACUAGAUAAGAGAUACAUAUGAUAUGGACUUGUGAAUAGCGAAGUUGAUUCAUCUGGCCAAUCAAUGAGAAUAUUGGUGUAUUCACAACUGAUGGCAUCAUUGAUUCUGUAACACAUCGGUGAUGUUGAUAUCUCCUCUC